AUGGAUAUCGUGCUCGAGCUAACGGAUACCUUCAUCGCCGACUACGCCUACGCGUAUCUGUAUCCAUUCCGGCCGGAUCUCUACGACUUUCCUCAUGGAAAUAAUGCAAAUGCCUCCUCUGCCCAUACCCUAUCGUCAUGGACCUAUAAGCCUGCCACCCAGUUCUUGCAAGUUCAGCCGUCCCGGGCUGCAUACAUGAGCUCCUUGACUCGCGAUAACCCCUUUCGGCAGCUGGCUACACUCUUCUUCAUUACGUGGUUCUUCGGCAUUCUUGUGUACUUCGUAUUUGCGACGCUGUCGUACUAUUUGAUUUUCGAUAAGCGGACGCUGAACCACCCGAAAUUUAUAAAGAAUCAGAUUUGGCUCGAGAUCAAGCAGGCCAAUAAAUCGAUGCCGUUUAUGGCUGUCUGCACCGCACCCCUGUUCUUACUCGAGGUCCGAGGCUUUGGCAAUCUUUACGACACGACGGAAGAAGGACCUGGAAUGUGGUACAACUUCCUCCAGUUCCCUCUGUUCUUAUUCUUUACCGACUUCUGUAUUUACUGGAUCCAUCGAUAUCUUCAUCAUCCGUUAAUCUACAAGCAUCUGCACAAGCCUCACCACAAGUGGAUUAUGCCCACGCCUUAUGCCAGCCAUGCUUUCCACCCCUUGGACGGUUUUGCCCAGUCGCUCCCAUACCACAUUUUCCCAUUCAUUUUUCCCCUUCAGAAACUGGCCUAUGUUGUACUGUUUGUUUUUGUCAACUUUUGGUCUAUCCUUAUUCACGAUGGCGAGUACCUCACCAACAAUCCGAUAGUUAAUGGUGCAGCUUGUCACUCUUUGCACCAUUCUCGCUUCGAGGUCAACUAUGGGCAAUUUUUCACGGCCUUUGACCGUCUUGGUGGUACCUACCGCAUGCCCGAAGCUUGGAUGUUUGAGAAGGAGAGGAAGAUGUCAGAGAAGCAGUGGAAGAAGGAGUCCAUGACCGUAGACGAAUUCGUCAAGGAAAUCGAGGGUCAUGACGAGCGUUCUUACGGUCCUGCACAAGACGAAGCGAAGAAGACAAAAUGA